AUUCAACCUGCUUCACCUCUGUGAAGACAACGCACAACUCUCUGUCUGCUACAGACAUACACAAGGAAUUUCUCUGAAACAAGGUUCAUCGUCUGAGACUUCAAGAUGUGCGACCAAACGUUUUUGGCCAUCAACUUUGGCCCAUGUGAGAAAUGUGGGAAGACAAAACCGCUGAUGAACAUUUACAUCAAAACCGAUCCGAUCAACUACUGUUCACUCUGUGUGGAAAUGAUGGCUAACGAGGGGCUGCGUGAUAAUGAGACCCUGUCGUCACUGAAGAACGAGUCGGAGACCCUCAAAUCCAAGCUGGAAGAGGAGAGAGCUAAGCUGCACGAUGUGGAACUGCAUCAAGUUGCCGAUCGUGUGGACGCUCUUGGUCAGUUUGUGAUGAAGACGAGAAGGACUCUGAAAGGACAUGGCAACAAAGUGUUGUGUAUGGAUUGGUGUAAAGACAAGAGAAGGCUUGUGAGCUCUUCCCAGGAUGGAAAAGUGAUUGUAUGGGAUGCUUUCACAACCAACAAGGAACAUGCAGUUACCAUGCCAUGCACCUGGGUGAUGGCCUGUGCGUAUGCGCCCUCUGGAUGUGCAAUUGCCUGUGGAGGUUUGGACAAUAAGUGUUCAGUGUAUCCCCUCACCUUUGAUAAAAAUGAGAACAUGGCCGCGAAGAAGAAAUCUGUGGCAAUGCACACUAACUACUUGUCGGCCUGCAGCUUCACAAAUUCAGACAUGCAGAUCCUGACUGCCAGCGGGGAUGGAACCUGCGCUCUGUGGGAUGUGGAGAGUGGCCAGCUGCUCCAGAGCUUCCAUGGCCAUGCCGCUGACGUACUCUGUUUGGAUCUGGCCCCCUCAGAGACAGGGAACACCUUUGUGUCUGGGGGCUGUGAUAAGAAGGCAAUGGUUUGGGACUUGCGUUCCGGGCAGUGUAUCCAGUCUUUUGAAACACAUGACUCAGACAUUAACAGUGUCAGAUACUACCCCAGUGGAGAUGCCUUCGCCUCCGCUUCUGAUGAUGCAACUUGUCGUCUUUAUGACCUUCGAGCAGACAGAGAAGUAGCUAUAUACUCCAAAGAAAGCAUUAUAUUUGGAGCCUCCAGCGUUGAUUUCUCACUCAGUGGUCGUCUGCUGUUUACUGGCUACAAUGAUUACACUAUCAAUGUCUGGGAUGUCCUGAAGGGCACAAGGGUGUCCAUUCUGUUUGGCCAUGAGAAUCGCGUCAGCACCCUGCGAGUUUCACCGGAUGGCACAGCAUUCUGCUCCGGCUCAUGGGAUCACACUCUGAGGAUUUGGGCCUAAAAUGUCUUUCGGCCUUCCAUCAAGCCUGAGAAGAUCCCCUUGUAUUUCAUUUCAGUUUUUCAAUCCAAUCACAUGCUUAUUGUACAGGCAUUUAUUAUCUCCCCUGCAACUGAUGUGUUUCCUUGUGUACGAGAUGGGUUAAACUAUACCCUGGCAUCAACUAUACCAUUCACAUGACUGUUUACAUAGCUUCAGUUCAGAGAUGCUAUUCAAUAAUCAAUACACAAAAAAACAUAAAAUAGUGUACAUUAAAACGGGAAUUGUAAACUUGGUUGCUUUUCUGCAGGAGAAUCCGCCCAUACCCAACACGUCAUCAGCAAGCACUUAAAGGCUCUGUGUGUUAUUCUCCUGUGUCGCUUCUUUUGUUUCGGCUGCUCAGUCAAGCACUGGGAAGCCGAAAUGGGAGUCGACCGCUUAGAGCCUGGAGGAAGGGCUGCCCUCAGCCAUGGAUUCCCUGAGGUUUCCCCCUAAAAAAAUAAACAAUAUGUGAGUAGGGAGUUUUUCCUUACCUGAGUGCUGAGCGGUUCGUAUUUAGUUCUGCGGGGUGUGUGGUCGGGCUGGAGAGGCUGGGCUCUUUCCUCCAGUGCAGUCACGCUCUGGGGGAUGGUCCAUGUCUCAGCUGCUCAUUUUCACUCAUUUUUUCAAUAUUUGGGGGGCAGGUGGCAGUGCGCCGCUGUGGGGUGCAUUAAUCAUUUGUUAUUAUUUUCCAUUCAUGGUUUGACGGCCUUGUUUUUUGGGGGGAGGUGGCCCAUAGCCACUUCCUAUCUGCGGCACUGGGAUGCAUGUAACUGUUCAUGUUUUUCCAGCCGGCCUCACACAGGUAGCCGUCGGGCACCCACGGACGAGGUCUCCGGCCAAAUCUAUCUUUCACUCGGGCCCUGAGCACCCAUCACAGUUCAUUAAAUUAUUUGCAAUUGCAAUCAUUCAUUCAUUCAUUCAUUGCGGAUUCUCCAUGCUGAAAUUAUUUUUUACAGCAGAAUUUUGUUAUUCAGAAAUAAUCCUAUGUUUAUAGGAAAAUAAAUCUUGAUUGAGUGUUAAAAUAAAGGCAUAGAGAACGGGUGAAAAAAACCCCAUUGUGUGUGCUAGAUCAUGUUUAAGAUCUGAUUAAAGUAGAGGGAUGGGUUAUUCUGAUAUCACACUACUGAUACAAAGCUAACAAUGUUUGUAGCUGAUUGUCCUAAUAUAACACAACUGCUGCUUUGUGCCCUCAAGCUUUUUUAUAUUCAAAGCAGUAAUUUGUUACUAAUCUUAUGAAUGGAGCAGGCUGUUUUUAUUACUGAUCAGGCAAGAAACACUACCUGAGUGCCUGAUUAUACAGUUCAUGGUGUUCAUAGAAAACAAUAUCACAAAACUGAAUGCAUUCCAAACUGUUCAGGUCAGUUGAAAUGGGGGGAUUUCCACAAACGAUGUUUAUAUCAAAUUAGAGAUUGGAAUUGAUGCAGCAAAAAAUGGCUUUUGGAAUCUGUCUGUCCGAAGACAAAUACGUAAUUAAAAAUAAGAAAUCCGGGGCUCCCGAGUGGCGCAUCCAGUAAAAGCGCUCGCUAGAGUGCAGGAUGCGCUCUAUAGACUGGAUGUCGCGAGUUCGAAUCCAGGCUAUUCCACAGCCGACCGUGGACGGGAGCUCCCAGGGGGUGGCGCUCAAUUGGCUGAGCGUUGCCGGGGGGGGGGGGGGGAGGGAGGGUUAGGUCGGUCAGGGUGUCCUCGGCUCACCGCGCACCAGCGACCCCUGUAGUCUGGCCAGGCGCCUGCGGGCUUGCCUGUAAGCUGCCCAGAGCUGUGUUGUCCUCCGACACUGUAGCUCUGAGGCGGCUGCACGGUGAGUCUGCAGAGUGUAAAGAAGCGGGCGGCUGACGGCACACGCUUCGGAAGACAGCAUGUGUUCAUCUUCGCCCCUCCCGAGUCAGCGCAGGAGUGGUAGCAGUGAGCUGAGCCUAAAAAUAAUUGGGCAUUUCAAAUUGGGAAGAAAAUAAUAAAAAAUUAAUUGGCAACGACUAAAUUAAAAAAAAAAAAUAAUUAAAAAAAAUAAAUAAAUAAGAAAUCCCCACUCCCUGCCCAUUGCUGAAGAAGUUACCUGAUCAUAAUAGUAUAAGGGAAAUGCUCCUCUAGCCUUUCUUAAGUUAGAGACAUUUUAUUUAACCCAAGUACUACUUCUAUCACAGUAUACAGUAUGCUACUGUCUUGUUAUGGUAUACAGGCGUAUACACUUUAAUGGUACUGAUUUUGUGUACAGAUUCAGUGUCAGAACUGUCAAAAACAAUGUAGGUGUAAAAAUGAUUUAAAUUAUUUAGAGAUGAAAUCCAAAACUACUAGAAAUUUGAACAGGGAUAAAAAGGUACAUGUUUUUAUUUGAAAAUAACAAAUUGAUAAGGGAGUUCAACUUAAAAAAGGAACAAGUUUAAUGUAAUCUAUCUAUACGUGUAUAUUUAUUAUGCAGUAUGUAGCUUGCCACCUGUUUUUUUUUUUUUUAACUUUGGGGUAAAAAAAAUCUUGGACAUUUUAAGUUCAAAGAGUGAAUAUAAUGAGCAUUAUUUAGUGUUGUGCUAACGCAACUAAAAUAUUUUUUUGCUCCACAUCUACACUGAAUUGGACUGAACAGUGUGAAACUGUACAUAAUACUCCUCAUAUCACUUUGAAAACUGACAACAUGUGCAUACAAGUAUUCACAUACUAGAAUGCUACAAAAUUAUAUUGUUUAAUAGAUCUCAAUAAUGAAAAUACACAUGUUAAUGGCUUCGUCACAGAAAUGUACAACUACAGUACCAGUACAUUUGGUCUGUAGCAAAUAUCAUGAAUUGGUUAAUAAAGACAAUAUGCAUGUAGAUAUCCACUGCUAUGUAGCAUUUGCUAUGACAGUGUUCAAAAAAAAAAAAAAAAAGAGUUUUAUAGCAGGCCCAAAGAAAGCACCACACACUUGCAUCUGCACUCAUUAUGAGUUAUUAAACUUUAUUCAAGACUCUUAAUUACUUGACCAAAUAGCUUGCACAAUUGCCAUGGUACAUCUCUUUUGCCCCAUAGAACAGAGUUCCCUUCCAGGUUUCACACUGGUUCAUUACCCGCUUCUCUGUUUAUGAUAUACAGUAAAAGGAUUUCUUUAUUUGUGUGAAUGAUAUGGUUUCUAUAGAAUGUGACGCACCAUAAAACUUUAGGAUAUUGUACUUCACCUGGUAAAAUGUGCAAUACUGUGUUAAUAUGCAAUAGCACAAUAGGCUGUGGUUAACCUGUAAACGCAUUUAUUGUUGUAUUUAUUGUAACGUUGUCCUGGUUUUCUGUAAUUGUUUUGUGUAUAUAUUUAACCAGUACACUGGAACCUACAUAUACCCAAGUACAAUAAAAAUAGUAUUUUAAAUAUUGUUAAA